AUGCCUUCAAAUGCUAAAUUCCUUAAAGAGAUUCUAUCCAAUAAGAAAAAGCUUAAGGAUGACGAAACCGUUAUGCUUACUGCCGGGUGUAGCGCUAUUAUUCAAAACAACAUGCCUCAUAAACUGAAAGACCCUGGUAGCUUUUCCAUACCUUGUGUAAUCGGAAAGUUUAUCAUAGACAAAUCUCUAUGCGAUUUAGGAAGUAUGCUAGAGAAUAUUCUCGUUCGUAUAGGACAAUUCUAUAUUCCAACCAAUUUUUUAAUAAUUGAUAUAAAGGAGGAUUCCCUCAUCCCUAUUAUUUUAGGAAAUCCCUUUUUAGCCACAGCCGGAGCCAUCAUAUAUGUGAAGAAGGGUAGGCUGACAUUCGAAGUCGGAGAAGAAAAAGUUGAAUUUCUCAGCUAA